UAAUAUUUCAAAUCAAGACUCAAGGUAGUGACGUCUCCGCGCUGCAAGACGUCGACCACGCGCACUCUCAUGCCCCGGAUGUGUUUGUGUGCUCUGUUUCUGCAGAGGAGGAGGAGAUGCCACUACCCGUGCAGGUCUUUAACUUUCAGGAGAGUUUACAGUCAGAUCGGAGAGAUGCUGCAGAGCAGGUUCAGGGCAGGAUCAGGGAAAGCUUGUAUUUGCCAGACAGAUCAGCCUCAUCCUCAUGGGAAGAGCUGAACUACUUCUGUCAAAGAAGCGCGUAUGACCCGUUCAUGGAGUUAACCACACAAUUCAGUGUGUACUGCUUGAGCUCCUCGUCAUACUAUCUGGAGGGGUCUGUAGAGCCCAUGCAGAUAGAUGCUGACCCUCAGGAAGACCAGCAGAAUGCGCCUGACACCAACUAUGUUGUGGAAAACCCGACUUUGGAUCUUGAGCAGUAUGCCUCUAGCUACAGUGGACUGAUGAGGAUUGAGAGGCUGCAGUUUAUUGCAGACCACUGCCCCCAGCUACGAGUGGAAGCACUGAAGAUGGCCCUGUCCUUUGUCCAAAGAACCUUUAAUGUUGAUGUCUACGAAGAAAUCCAUCGCAAACUCACUGAAGCCACCAGGGACGUGCAAGGUGUCCCUGAUGCAGUACCGGAGGGAGCAGUUGAACCCCCUCCUCUUGACACAGCCUGGGCAGAAUCCACCAGGAAAAAAGCCCUGCUCAAACUGGAGAAGCUGGAUACCGACCUUAAGAAUUACAAGGGAAACUCCAUCAAAGAAAGCAUAAGGAGGGGUCAUGAUGACCUUGGAGAUCACUAUCUUGACUGUGGAGAUCUCAGCAAUGCCCUGAAAUGCUACUCCCGAGCCAGAGACUACUGCACUAGCGCCAAGCAUGUCAUCAACAUGUGUCUUAAUGUAAUCAAGGUUAGCGUUUACCUCCAAAACUGGUCCCAUGUACUUAGCUACGUCAGCAAGGCUGAAUCCACUCCAGAGAUAGCAGAGCAACGAGGAGAGAGAGAUAGUCAAAACCAAUCUGUUCUAACCAAACUAAAAUGUGCUGCAGGAUUAGCAGAACUUGCCUCAAGAAAGUAUAAACCGGCUGCUAAGUGCUUCCUGCAAGCCUCCUUUGACCACUGCGACUUCCCUGAGCUACUUUCCCCCAGUAAUGUAGCGGUGUACGGGGGGCUUUGUGCCCUGGCUACAUUUGACAGACAGGAACUGCAGCGAAAUGUCAUCUCAAGCAGCUCCUUUAAAUUAUUUUUAGAGUUGGAACCACAAGUCCGUGAUAUUAUCUUCAAGUUUUACGAGUCAAAGUAUGCAUCUUGUCUGAAAAUGCUGGAUGAAAUGAAGGAUAAUCUCCUCCUAGACAUGUAUCUGGCCCCUCAUGUAAGAACACUGUACACACAAAUCAGGAACAGAGCCCUCAUACAGUACUUUAGCCCCUAUGUGUCAGCAGACAUGAACAAAAUGGCCGUGGCCUUUAAUACCACAGUGGCAGAUCUGGAGGAUGAACUGACCCAGCUGAUCCUGGAGGGCCUGAUCAAUGCUCGUAUCGACUCCCACAGCAAGAUCUUGUAUGCCAGGGACGUGGAUCAGAGAAGCACAACUUUUGAGAAGUCUCUACAGAUGGGCAAAGAGUUCCAGAGACGAGCGAAAGCCAUGAUCCUGCGGGCAGCUGUGCUUCGUAAUCAGAUACACGUCAAGUCCCCUCCAAGAGAAGGCAGUCAAGGGGAGCUCACACCUGCCAACAGCCAAACACGAAUGAGCACCAACAUGUGAAGACUCGACCAGAUGCCUCUCCAAGGAAAGUACACGGGGCCACUGCCGCAUCUUAGGCCCCUGUUUAGAAAUCAAUUAUUUCCCUGCUGAAGAGAGAAAAAUCACAAUCUAAAGACUUUAUUUAAGUUGGGAAGAAGAUAUCUGUUGUCUGUAUUAAAGACAAGCACACCCUGUUGCUCAAAUGAAAAGGAAAAAUAGAUAAAAAGAGAAACGCGGCACUUAAGCUGUACUGGCCUGUUGUUCUUUGUAAAGGAUGCACUUUCCUCUGUAUCUUGUGACAAAACCUUGAUUACACAUUGAGAAACCUCAUCACAAAACAUGCUUUUAAAAUAAACAUACAUUCAAAAAGA